ACUUUUUUUCUUGUUGCAAAGGAAAAGAACGGUAUUGUUUUUUUCUUUCUUUUCUUCUGAAGAAUAAAUUUAUUAUUUCCGGUCGAGUUUUUUUAAUUGAUUUUUAGAGUUCUGUGCUCAUAAUUAAAGCUGAAUUUUUAAUAAAAUGGAUAACCCAACAGAAAACGAAAUAACUUGCUAUAAAAUCAUACACAAUGAUCAUUUACCAUCAUCUCAAGAAUUAUUUGAAAUUGAAAACUCCACCAUUUCGGCAGAGCAAAGUUUUCCUAUUCAUGAGGAAUACAAGUUGCCAAUUGCACGAUCUCAAUUUGUUUCAGAUACAAAAACAUUUACCGAUGAAAUUUUAGAGGAUUUGAGGAAAUCAAGAAUGCGAGCACGUCACAUAUCGGAGAAGAAAAAACUAUUUUUAAAACAAAGCCAACUAUUGUUGGGUAAUUUGAAAAAACGUCGCAAGGCUUUUAAUGAGCGAUCUAAUAAAUUCAUUGUCGAAGCCCGACGUCAUUUGUUGAUGUUAAACGAAGAAUGCGAAAUGAUUGCAGAAGAAGCUUAUGAAGUUACUAUCGAUUUAAAUGAAAUACUUGAUUCUAUGAGGAAAUAAGUUAUUUAAUUUUUCAAUUUUAUUUAUUAUCUUAUGAUUUGUUACUUUUUUUAAUAAAUAAAGAAUAGAAAUUCAAAA